AUGCGAGACGCUUACCAACUGACCAAAGCAAUUCGUGCGGCCGAUCUAGAGGCGGCCAAGAAGCUGACCAGAUCCCAGUUAAAAGCCAAGCUUGAAAACUCAACAAGAAACCCCAUUUUUGCAGAGGGUACUUACGACAUGCAGUGGGGUACAGGACUGGAUAGUGAGGCAACAUUACAUACCGAUCACAAGAAAUGGCCCGGGCAGAACAAACUCGGAAAAAUAUACCAAAAGCUUGCCUCAAAACACGCAAGAAAACUCAGACGUUCUUCCCUUCCACGCAAAGGGACAAGUGAAAAUCAGACCAAUAUUGAGGACUUCCUAAAAGAUCUCAAGAAAGGUAGCAAAAAGAAUACAAGUGUUAAGGGUCCUCCACAAACACACAGCUUAUGUUCUCAUAUUAUUGAGCAUUACCGGUACUUUUAA